AUGGACUGUAACUGUGUCAGUGAUCUGUUGCUCACCCCCCCUGUCCCUGCCCUCUGGACUCCAGGCAUUGCCUUCCCAGACUGGGCCUACAAGCCUGAGUCGAGCCCCGGCUCGCGACAGAUUCAGCUUUGGCACUUCAUCCUGGAGCUGCUGCAGAAGGAGGAGUACCAGAGUGUGAUUUCCUGGCAGGGGGAAUAUGGAGAGUUUGUCAUCAAGGACCCUGACGAGGUGGCCAAACUGUGGGGCCUCCGGAAAUGCAAACCCCACAUGAACUACGAUAAGCUGAGCAGGGCGCUAAGGUACUACUAUAAUAAGCGUAUUUUGCACAAAACCAAAGGGAAGCGUUUCACCUACAAGUUUAACUUCAGUAAGGUGGUGCUGGUGAACUAUCCUCUGCUGGACAUGGCCAGCUCCCCCUUCCUGCUCCAGAACCACUUCAAUGGGGGAUCCACCGCGCCCGACUGUAGCCCUCUCACACCCGAGGCCCUGCAGUCACUGUUCCCUCGUUUGCCAGAGUCAGGGAGAGGAACCUCCCUGUUUGAUCGAGUGGCCACAGCCCCGGGACCAGAGGGAGACAAACUGAGACUGGACACAUUCCCCUUCCUCAGCUCAGCCGCUCCCUGUUACUCCAAGCCCCCGUCCCUGUUGGGUCCUUACCCCCGCAACCCUCCCUUCGAUUAUCCCUGGGGCUUCAAUCCCUACCUCUCAGGGGCCUUCUCCCUCAACAACUGCCCCAAACUGCCCCCAGGCUCCCUCUACCCCUCCCACUUCUACCCCAACCCGCUGCAGACCAGCCUGGGCCAGCUGCCUCACCCCUUCUCCUCCCUACUCCCCCCGGGGGAGGUGGCAGGAGGGGGGGAGAGAGGAGCAGCGGGCCAGACCGGGGUUACUAACGGCACGGCAGGUGGGCAGCCCAGACUCUGCCUGCCUCCUUACCCUGGUGCUCUGUCGCUGGGCCGGACGGACAUUGGCAACGGGGGCUCUGUGGGUGAGAGGGAGAGAAGGGAGACCAAUACCCCAGGCAUGGGGCUUGGGUUGGGGCUAGGGUUAGGGUUAGGGCUGGGUCUAGGAGGGAUGGGUCUUGGUGGUGGUGCUGGGGGGCGACAGAGCCCAUUGGAGCGGCGAGGCGGGGUGAAGCAGGACCCAGAGUCAGACUCGGACCUGGAGAUCACAGAUCUGAGUGACUGCAGCUCAGACAACGAGCCUGACUUCAGCAUCACCAAGGAGACCAGGCUGAGCGUUCGAUCACAGAUCCUGGUAGAGGGGAAGAAAGGGGGAGCACUGCCACCUCUCUCCUCCCUCCCUCCCCCUGUGUCCCCCCAUCCCCUCAAGAGCCUGGUGCCCCUCACCCCUCCCCCUCCGUCCCUCCCUCUAUCCCUCUCUCCCUCCAUGGCUCUGGUUGAACGGCACAGGGAGACAGAGACUCUAAAAUUGAUCCAGACCUAAUAGAUUCUAAUAGAUAACUCUCUCUCGUUCCCUCCUCUCUCUCCUUCUCUCUUUCGCUCCCUUCAUCUGUUAUGUUGUCCUUUAUUUGAGCCAUCUUGCCCCGUCUCUCUGUUUUUUCUUCUUCUCUCUCUCCACCCCUUCUUCUCUCUCUCCACCCUUCUUCUCUCUCUCCACCCUUCUUCUCUCUCUCCACCCUUCUUCUCUCUCUCCACCCUUCUUCUCUCUCUCCACCCUUCUUCUCUCUCUCCACCCUUCUUCUCUCUCUUUACUUGGUGACUUGUCC